AUGGUGCUGCUGGAGACCGUCACGCGGCUCCUGGUCGUGCUGCUUGGGUCCGUCCUGCUGCUCGCUUCGUUACUGCUGGGAUACGUCAGGAUGCUCAUGGUCAUGCCGAUGGAGUCCGUCGCGCAAUUCACAUUGGUGCUGCUGAUAUCCGUCGCAGUGCUCGUGAUCGUGCUGCUGGGGCCCGUCGUGCGGCUCAGGGCGGAGCUGCCGAAGUCCGUCAUGCUGCUCGUGGUCGCGCUGCUGGAGUCCGUCGCGCUGCUCGCGAUGGCGCUGCUAGGGCCAGCUAUGAUGCUCACGGUCAUUAUGCUGGAGCCCGACAUGUUGGUCGCGAUGAUACUGAUGGAGUCCGUCAUUCUUCUCACGGUCGCGGUGCAGAGGUCCGCCGUGCUGGCCACGAUGGUGCCGCUGGAGUCCGCCAUGCUGCUCGCGGUAGCGUUGCAGGGGCCCGUCAUGCUGCUCACGUCCGUCAUGCCGCUCGCGAUGGCGCUGCCGGAGUCCGCCGCGCUGAUCACGAUGGCGUUGCCUGGGUCCGUCAUGCGGCUCCCGGCCGUGCUGCUAAGUCCGUCGCGCAGCUCUUGUCAAUCUAUACUGCUGGAAUCCGUCGUGUUGCUCACGAUGGUGCGGCCUCAGUCCGUCAUGCUGUUCGCGGUCGCACUGCUGGAGUCCGUCGCGUUGCUCGCGAUGGUGCGACCUGGGCCCGUCGCGCUGCUCGUCGUCGUGCUCCUGGAGGCCCUUGGGCUGCUCGCGCUGGUGCUGCGGGCGUCCGUCCUGCGGCUCACUGCAGUGCUGCUGGAGUCCGCCUCGCUGCUCACAGCGCUGCUCGCGAUGAGAUUGCUUGAGUGCGUCAUCCUGUUCACGGUGGUGCUGCUGGGGCCCGCCGCGCCGCAAGCGUUGCUGCUGCUGGAGUCCGUCAUGCUGCUCACCAUGAUGCUGCUGGAGUCCGUCGCGUUGCUCCUGGUCGUGCUGCCUGGGUCCGCCAUGCGGCUCCCGGCCGUGCUGCUGGAGUCCGUCCUUCUUCUCGCGAUAUUUGUGCUGGCGUCCGACAUGCUGCUCAGGGUCUUGCUGCAGGAAUCCGUCGCGUUGCUCACGAUGGUGCUGCCCGAGUCCGUCGUGUUGGUCACGGCCGCGCUGCUGGAAACCGGCGUGCGGCUCGCGGUCUUGUUGCUGGGGUCCGUCAUGCUGCUCGCGGUCGGGGUGCACCUGUCCGUCGUGCCGCUCACGAUGAUUCUGCUGGAGUCCGCUAUGCUGCUCGCGGUCGCGAUGCUGGAGUCCGUCCUGCUGCUCACGGUGGUGCUGCUGGAGUUCGACGUGCUGCUCGCGGUCGGGCUGCAGGAGUCCGUCGUGAUGCUCGCGAUGGUGCUGCUGGAGUCCGACGCGCAGCUCGAGGACGUGAUGCUGGAAUACGUCGUGGUGUUCAGGGUCUUGCUUCUGGGGUCCACCAUGCUGCUCACGGCAAUGCUGCUGGAGUCCGUCGCGCUGCUCGAGAUGAGUUUGCAGUCCGCCGUGCAACUCAUGACGAUGCUGCUGGAAUCUGUCAUGCUGCUCACGAGGGUGCUGCUGGAGUCCGUCAUGCUGCUCACGAAGAUGCUGCUAGAGUCCGCCAGGCCCCUCCCGGUCGUGCUGCUGGAGCCCGUCCUGUUGCUCACGGUGUUUCUGCCAACGUCCGACAUGCUGCUCAGGGUCUUGCUGCAGGAGUCCGUCGCGUUGCUCACGAUGGUGCUGCCCGAGUCCGUCGUGUUGGUCACGGCCGCGCUGCUGGAAACCGGCGUGCGGCUCGCGGUCUUGUUGCUGGGGUCCGUCAUGCUGCUCGCGGUAGUGCUGCUGUCGUCCGUCGUGCUGGUCACGAUGGUUCUGCUGGAGUCCGCCGUGCUGCUCGCGGUCGCGUUGCUGGGAUCCGUCGUGCUGCUCACGACGGCGUUGCUUGAGUCCAUCAUGCUGCCCACGGUCGUGCCGCCGGAUUCCGAUGUGCUGCGCACAAUGCCGCAAGAGUCCGUCACGCUGCUCAGGGUCGUGGCGCUGGAGUCCGCCUUGCUGCAUGCGAGCCGGGUCCUGAUCACCGGGGUCGCUCCGUGUGGCGCCAGGGCCGCCAGCUGGCACGAGGCCCGGCGGGGCGCCCAGCGGGGCCGCCGCACGGGCGGCGAGCCUGGCCGCCCAGUGCGAGCGCGGGCACCGCCUUCCACGGCUCCGCGGUGGCCGCCGCCGCGGCGACGCCCGCAGCAGCACCGGCUGAGCGCGAGGGGCCGGACAGAGGCGCCCGCCGCGCCCGGACCGCAAGCCGCACGAGCGGCGCCAGCCGCCGCGGCUUCCUCGGCGCAGGCGGCGCUGGCGGUGCACGCUGCGCCCGCAUCGCGGGCGGCGCCCCUGGCGCUCGCGGCGCCCGCGGUGCCCGCGGCGCCCGCGGCGCCCGCGGGCCCGCGCCGCGGAAGCGCCCGCGGCGCUGGCGGCGCCAGCGGCGCCCGCAGCAGCCGCGGCGCCCGUGGGGCCGGCGGCAGCCACGGCGCCCGCGGCGUCGGGGGCGCCCGCGGCAGGCGGCGCGCCGCUGCGGGCGGCGACGCGCCGCGGCGGUCUCCAUCGUCCGCGGAGGCCGCCUGGCGGCGGACGGCCGCCGCCCCUGGCGCAGCAAGCCGGCCAGGCGCCCUCGAGCCAGAGCGGUGUGAGCCAGAAUGGCCACAGUCGUGGGCCCUGUGA